UCAACUUUUUUCAUUGGAUCAUGUCAGUUGGUUGGUUGAGUUUCUACGUCCAACCUGAAAAAAGUGAAAACGGGGGACCACCAACGAGAAAGAUGUCAUGAUGUCUAGCGAGGUCGUAUCAAUACCAGUAUGCUAAAAAUCGAAAAGACUAGGAGUAAUUACUAUAGAAGACGUCAUUACUACUCUCCAAUUGAAGCUUUGCUUUUUGCACUGCCGGCACCAUGGUAGCGGUAUUGAACGACGUGUACCGGUACCUGAAAUUGUCCCGGUACCGGUGGGCGAAAAGCAAAGUCAAGCCGGUCUCGGUGUCGCAACAGUAGUCAACCACGGUGUGGAAUCCCGACGUGGAAAGUCGGGGGGCAAACAUUAGCUCACAUUUGCUUGUUCGCGCCGGCCUCAAGUUGAGAACUUCCAUUCGUUGAUUGCCUUCGUGUCAUUUCUUCGCAGCUGGGACCGAUCUAGUCAGUUCUUCUUGGAUUCCUCGGCUUGGUGCCAUCAAGAGCUCAUCAAGCUGGGUCCAUUUUCCAAGAAUUUUUCUUGUGAUAACUGACCUGACCUGACCAUGCUCUCUGCUUCUGCCCGUGUCUUUGUCCGAAGAGCUGUUGGUACCUCCCAUGGCCACGGUAGCCUGCGAAGUAGCAGCUCCCGUCUUUUCUCGACUGCCUCAUCUUCGGCUGGUUUCGAUUCGUAUGAUGAUGAUUCUGUGACCUUGACAUCUCUGAAUUCCAUGUUCAAUCCUACAGAGGAACACAAGGCGCUUCGAUCCAUGUUGCAGACAUUUGUUGAGCGUGAGGUGGAACCGCAAGCAUUGGAGUUCAACAAAAAAGAAAUUUUCAACGUUGACCUGUUUCGGAAACUUGGCGACAGCGGGAUGGGAAUUCUAGGCCUCACUGUGGAUCCUGAGUAUGGUGGUGCAGGGAUGGAUGCAGCAGCUGUGUGCGUUGUCCAUGAGGAAUUGAGCUACUCAGACCCGGCAUUUUGUUUGUCAUACUUGGCCCACUCCCUACUCCUGGUCAACAACCUUUCUACAAACGGAAGCCACGAACAAAAGCAACAAUUCUUACCCGACAUUUGUUCCGGAGCCAAGAUUGGAGGCAUGUGCAUGAGUGAACCCAAUGCUGGGACGGAUGUACUUGGGAUGAAAUCCAAUGCCAAAUACGAUGCCGAAAAGAAAGGUUUCAUCCUGAACGGUACGAAAAUGUGGAUUACAAACGGAACGCUGACCAAUGACAAUGAUGGCUCCACGGGGGAUUGCUUCCUCGUGUAUGCUCGCACGGGAGAGAAGAAGUCGGAUGUCACCCAAUUUGUGGUUGAAAAGGGCAUGGAGGGUUUCUCCUGUGGUCAAAAGAUUAACGAUAAGCUUGGAAUGAGAGCAUCCAACACAGCAGAAUUGGUCUUUGACAAUGUGUUCAUCCCGGCGGAUACUCAUGUCGUGGGAGAAGUCAAUGGAGCCACUCUGUGUAUGAUGAGAAACUUGGAGAUUGAACGCCUCGGUUUGGCCGCAAUGGCACUGGGUAUUGCCAGGCGUUCUCUGGACGAAAUGAAGGGUUACGCAGGGGAAAGGUCUGCCUUUGGAGCUUCCAACUUGUACCAAUUUGGACAAGUCCAAAAGCACAUUGCUGAAAGCUAUGCAGAGUACAUGGCGGGCCGUUGCUAUGUCUAUGGAGUAGCCAACUCCCUUGACCUGUCUACGUAUGGUAAUGGAUUGGACGCGGAUGGAACAAAACUUUAUUGUGCCCAGAUGAGCAAGAAUGUGGCCGAUCGAGCCAUUCAGGUCAUGGGAGGGUAUGGCUAUGUGGGUGAGUAUGUUGUGGAACGCCUCUGGAGGGAUGCCAAGCUUCUUGAAAUUGGAGGUGGCACUAACGAAAGUCACCACAAGAACAUGUGCCGUGACCUUCGACGAAUGGGCAGGACUCCUCUCGAUUAGAACGUUGCUUCCACGAUCAUUCAUAGACAACCAGUAGAGAUAAUCAAACAUACGUGAAAGACGGCUAGAUUGGAAGAUUAUAGAAUGUC